AUGAGUACGGUAGAAGAAGUUGCAGUUCCAGCUAUGGAACUGGAUGGAGACGCAUCUAAUACACAAUCGGAAAAUUUUAAUGGAAACACCAAUAACAUAUCCGGCACAGAAGUACCAGAAACCAAAAAUGGAAACGUCAAGGUGUUGCAAAGGCUUGAAACCGUACCAGAUAUCAAGAGAGACACAUCGGGUAUCACAACGCAGUAUAUUACUGCUGGUAUAGUGAAUCUCGGAGCAUUUGCUGCCGGAGUGUGCACAGCGUGGUCUUCUUCAGCGUUGCAGUUGAUGACGAUUACGACAGAGACUCACUUGGAUCGAGCAGCGGAGGUUACUAAUGGCACACAUCCCAAAUUAAUUCUUACAACAUCUGAGGCGUCGUGGGUGGCAUCGCUUCUUUGUCUCGGUGCACUUUGGGGAGCUGUUCCGACUGGAUUAAUAUCUGAGCAUUUUGGCAAAAAGAAAACUCUACUGUACCUACCACUACCACUGGUGGUCUCAUGGAUCCUUGUUUCUUCCAGUCCAAACGUCUAUGGUCUUUACGUUGGAAGAUUUGUUGGCGGCGUGGCGGUGGGUGCGUUUAGUGUUGGCAUACCACCAUACAUAGAAGACAUCGCCGAAAAGCAAUUGCUUCCAACAUUGGCCAACUUUUACCACGUUCAUUUUGCCUGCGGUGUACUCUUUGGUUAUAUAGCAGGUAUGGUCCAAAGUACGUCAUGGCUGUGCGUCUUAUGCAUCAGCAUACCAGUAGCGUUCUUCAUUGCGUUUAUUUUUCUCCCUGAAUCACCUACUUAUCUGGUAUCCCAAGGCAAAUAUAGCGAGGCCAAGGCUGCAUUACGAUACUUCAGGGGCAUCGACAAUGAUGUAAACUCUGAAAUUAAGUUAUUAAAAGAAUACGUUCUGAACUACCGCAAAACUCGAGUUACUUUCAGGGAACUGUUUACCACUAGGACUUCUGUAAAAGCACUGAUCGUGUCAUUUGGACUCAUGGUUUUCCAGCAGAUGAGCGGAAUAUACCCUGUGCUGUUCUACGCUGAGAAUAUCUUUAAAACGUUUUCAAUAUCAUUAAAUCCACCUGGAGCUGCUAUCAUCCUGGGCUUCUGUCUAGUAUCCUCGACAUAUUUCUCAACGAUGUUACUGAAGACCAUUCGAAGAAGAGUUCUGCUUAUACUGUCUUUUUUGUUUAUGGCUGUGAGUUCGGGCAUUUUAGGUAUUUACUAUCAUUUAAAAGCAUCCCACUUAUCUUCUGAUAAUACUUGGGUGCCUUUAUUUACUCUGUGCACAUUUGUAAGUCUAUAUGCGGCUGGUGUUGGACCAAUCCCCUGGCUGAUGCUAAGAGAAAUAUUCCCGUCAAAUGUCACAAGACGUGCCACAGCUAUAACCGCAGGAUUUCACUGGUUUCUCGCUUUCGGUGUAACGAAACUGUACCAGAAUUUGGUGGAUCUUGUUCGACCGGGAUGGACCUUCUGGCACUUUGCGGUGAAUUGCAUAAUAGGAGCUAUAUUCGUCUAUUUCUUCGUGCCGGAAACGAAAGCUAAAACAUUGCAAGACAUACAAAAUGAAUUUAAUGGGAUUCAUAAAGGUAAAAAACAUCGACACGUUAUAGAGUUAGAGAGUAUAUCGGAAGCUUGA